AUGUUUCUCCCGUCUCCAAGGCCCUACAACUCGACAGCAUGGAAGGAAGAAAUCUUUGGACCCGUCCUUGCCAUCAGGUCUUUCAGCACUGACGAAGAGGCUGUCCGCUUAGCAAAUGACACCCCUUAUGGCCUGGCGAAUGCCGUCUACUCUCGAGACUACCGUCGAUGCAAAAGGGUAGCGUCACAACUCAAAUCUGGCGUGGUGUGGGAAAACUGCUCGCAGGUCUUGUUUCCCUCGACCCCUUUCGGUGGCCGGCAGGGCCGAGCAAGCGGCUUUGGCUUCGAACUGGGCCCAGCAGGUCUUAAGGAGUUUUUGAGCGAGAAGACAGUCAUCAGCAAUGACCGGACCACCUUUGACUGGGGAAUCUAUAAGCAGGCCUGA